AUGGGCAACUCAUCCAGUUCUACGUCGUCGAGAGUUCGGCAUAAAUCCGAAUCUAUGGAGAUUCGUCAGAAGAAGAACAAACCCGAGGGGGAAUUUGCAACAAAAAGUCGGUCACUUAUGGAAUUGGGAAGCGGUCAACGAGUUAAGCGAUCCAUCGCUACCAUCAAGCCGUCCGACCGACCGAGGCAACCUCUAAAGGAGACUCGCAGUGGAAGUACCGUGAAUGGCUUGUCACGCUCAAAGUCGUUACGGAAAGAUUUAUCACAUCCGAUCAGCAGUCAGGGAAGGGAGAUCAUUCUGCAGUGCUUUGAAAAUCCUCACUCCGAGUUCGGCAAUAAGGUGCUGCAACGGAUUUUCGAGAAGAGAAUCGACUAUCAGAAGUAUGUUUACACAUUGGGCAGGGAGCGAGCCUAUCAAAUGAGUAUUCGGCUCAAAGAUCUUGUUGAGGAGGUCGUGUCAAAGGUUGAAUUCGUUAAGAUUUUCGAUCCCGAUCAUAUCUGCUCAAUAUCGCGGACAUAUGGCGAGGAACAUGUGGAAUUGAAGGCGUACGGUUUCAAGCCCGACUUCUGGGUAACAAUAGCUGACGCGAUUACAGUCGAGGGUGUCAUACUCGAUAUGGCAAAUCAUCAGCCGGCUGACACGGUAGCUGCAUGGUCGAGCCUGGUUACGAUGAUGUUCUCAGCAGUACGGGAUGGCUAUUACUCUGCUCUGCGAAGGCAUCGAAUAUCGUCCAGACGUAGUUUACAACGACAGGCAACACAGGAAGGCCCACGUGAUGUUGAGAGUCACGUGGAAGUCGCAGCCAGCAAUGCAAAUGAAAGGAUACGUCCUCAUCAUCCGGCUGUUCGAAGUGUCUCCAUGUACGCUGUGGCAUCCUCAAACGGACCCGAGAAGAGAAGUACGCUUCCUAUUCUGAUAGGGUUUUUCUUUUAG